AUGUCAGUGAUAGACAAAACUUCAUCAGCUGUAAAUCCACUACGGGAAAAAGUGAUAAAUGCCUGCUCGAAGAAGCUGUAUAACGACAAGGAUUGCAUUAAAAUAGCUGACUUCAUCACUCCACUAGUAGAGGAUAUGAGUCUAGACUCGAAUCUUGACAGAAAGCUUCAUAACAAACUAGAAAAAUACGAAUUGAGACUGAACAAAGAAUACCUAAGCGAAUUUGAGAAGAUUAAUAACAUUGUGCAAAAGUUCGAUGAGCUUUGUGUGAAAAUGAACUCAACUUGUACGAAUUUAUCGAAACAAAUGGAGACUGUCAAGCUAAAAAGUGUAGAUUUGGUUCAGAAAACCGCAAGUUUGAAGGAUAAGAAAGCCAACAUUGAAACUCGAUGUAAUUUAAUCAACGAGUUUCUCGAGAAUCAUUCGUUAACUGCUGAAGAACUCCGAGAACUAGAAGAAUGCGAACAAACUGGACAUCUAUCAGAAUUCUUCUUCAAAGUUCUCGAAAGAUGCCACGAAAUUCGUGAGAAUUGUCGAAAUAUGGUCCAAGAGCAAGGACAUCUUGCUGCGUUCGAAGUGAUGGAGAAAAUGCAAAAAAUCGACGAAAGAAGUCACGCCAUCAUCUGCAAUAAUCUUAAACGAGAAUUUCAAAAUCUCACCGUUGACUCACAUCAGAAAAAACAAAUCCUCUCGAAGGCGUUCAAGAUUAUUCAGCAAAACGAUGCAGUAUUUCAGCUUGCUAUUGAUCAAUAUAUAUCUUCUCGUUCUCAAGAUUUGCUCAAUCAGUUCGUUGAGAUCAACAAAAUGGCUGUUCAAAUGCCAGAAGGACUUGCAGAACCACUGAAAGCUGUUGGUGACAUGCUCACUUCGAUUCACGAGCUCACAGAGCAAGAGAAGCAAUUGUUCGCUUCGAUUUGCACUUCUGAAAAUCUGCCAGUUGUUCUUGACGAGUGUCUGAAAUCGCUUACUUCACCGUUCAAAAUUCGCGUAGAACAACUCUUGUCAACAGAGAAAGAUGCGAUUACUAUUUUCAAGUUGGGAAACAUUCUGAUCUUCUACGCUGACAAAUUUGAGUCAUUGAUUCGAAAAGACAGCCACUUCACACAAAUGCUCGGGGAGCUUGUGAAAACAGUUCGUCAAGUUUGUAUCGCUGGAAUAAAUCACCAUGUGGAUGGAUUGAUGAGAAAGAUGACUGCGCCACAUUAUGACUUGUUGCCUGUGCCAGAAGUUCGUCAAUGCUUGUCUCUCUAUCACGGUCUAAUUUCAAUUGCUGUGAAAACAGGAAAUUUGAAUCUACUUCUUGAGCCAGAAAGAAUCUAUGAAUACGUCUUGGAACCAUUGAUUCAAACUGUCCAACUAAGUGCCACGCGAUUGAAGUCAGAUGUAGAUGUAUCUGUGUUUACAAUUAAUUGUCUGACAGUUAUUCGUAGUGCUAUCUCGGAAAUUACUGCAUUCAAAAAGAAUAUUGAGAUGAUUGAUGCCAUGAUUGAAGGAAAUUCUGAUGUUCUUGUUUCGGUUCAAGUCUCUGAAAUGCUCGAAAAAUCUGGAAUUUUGGAUUUGUAUCAAAAGUUCAAUGCAGCCAGUCCAGAUGAAAAGAAACCUCUCUCCACUCUUCCUGGUCUCGAAUCAGCCACUGUCGGGGAUGCUCUUGUCAAGUUCACUCAAUUCCUUCAUCUCAAUGCCGCAUCUGACCACACCUAUGAUCUUGAUCAACAGAUUUUGGCUUCAGAAGAACGAAACACUUUGGAAUUCAUUAAAGUAUACAAACUUAUCGUCGAUCAUCUCGGAAACCCAGCCAACAACUACGAGAAUCUUCAUUACCUUCCGAUUGAGAACGUGGAAAGUCUUUUAAAGUUCGAAAAAGAGAAAGAGAAGUUUCCAACUGAAUCAACUGCCUAA